AUGGACUCACUUUAAGACACUGAGUUUUUGGAUCUGGUUGAAAAAUGUUAGAAAAUAAUAGAUUAGUACGAAUAGGAUGAUGAAAUUUCUACUGUUUUGUUAAUUGGGAACCAUUAUUCUGGAAAAAGUACUGUUUUCAACUUCUUGAGUGGUGCAAAUUUUAACUUUAAUGAUGAAGCAAAAUAAAUCGAAAUAGCUAACAAAUAGGAUAAAUUUUCUUAGAUGAAUAAUGGAACAAAAUCUAUUACAAAGACACCACUAAAUGUCUAUAAAAAUAAUUAAAAUAAUCAUGUAAUUAUUGAUUUUCCUGCUGAAUUUUUAAACACUGAUAAAUCUAAAGAUCAAUAAUUAAUUAAACUUUUAUUUAACAAGGUUGUAACUUCAGGACCGAUUAAACUUAUUUACAUUUUAUAAUGUUAUGAUGAUUGCCUUCCAAAUAGAGGAACUGAUCUUGUACAUUUCUCGAAAAUGUUGAAUAAUCCGAAUUUUAGUUUACUAUUAAAUAAAAAUCAUUCUGAGAAAUCAGAUGAGUAACUGAUUUGUAAAAUAAAAAAAUAAUGGGAGGAAAGUUAUUAGAUUAAUUUUAAUAAGACACCAAAAAAAGUUGAAUAAAUUCAUAUUUUAAAAAAAGCAUACAAAAACUCAUUAGAAGUAAUUUUUAAUGAUUACUCGCGUAAAACUUUAUGGUGUUUGAUUGAAUAAGCUAAAGAAAUAGAAAUUAAACCAUUAGAAAUACCUUAUGGAGAUGAGCUUAAUUUAUAUAAAAAUAAUUUAGAAUGGGAAUUUGUUAAUGAUUAUUUGAAUCAUCUCUUAUAAGAGAAUUAAAAUUAGAAGGAUUAGAAAUAAACUGAAAAUGAUGAAGAAGAAUUAUUUUAUUUUGUAAAAAUAAGAAAUCAGAAAACAGCUUUAUAAUGGUAUUAAAAAUUCUUUGAACUUUGCAAUAAAAUAAUACAAAUUACAUCAAUUAACAGCAAUAAAAUGGUGGAAAAAUAGGGAUUUAAUAAAAUCAAUUGCUAGAGUAAUUUGGAUGUAAUAAUUUCAUUUGUAAAAAAUUAAUUAUAAAAUAUUGAAGAAAUCUAUCAAAAGAGAAAAUAAUAUCUAAAUAUAUAGCAAAAUCUUGAAAAGAAAAUGAACCUAUAAUUUAAAGAAAUUUAGAAUACAAUAAAAAAAUUGUUAGAAGGAUAGUUCCAAUUGGAGAAAGAGAAUUUACGAUUGAAAACAGAGAAUGAGAAAGAAAAAUUGUAAAGGUAAAUACUAGAAAAAUAACUUAAAUUAUGA